AAUUUAUAAAAUUUAUUAGUACUAUUAUUUUUUUUGUGUACAUAUAUAUAUAUUCAGUGCACCAUAACUGUUGGAAAAGUACAAUACCACUACUUUUUUUCUCGUCUUUGACAACUUUCUUCUUUCUUCGGUGGUUUUUUUUCCCCACUCUGAUAGGUUUUUUGUGGAAAUCUUGGGCGUUGUUGAUGUGUAAUGCAAAUCUCUGUUGAAAAUAAAAUUUGGGGUUUGUUGUUCUUGGUGCAAAGUUUGGUUUUUUUGGAUUUCCUUUGUGGGUUUUCUUGUAAAGUGCAGCAGCAACCAUGUCUACUCUUGUUAAUUACAGUGGUGAUAAUGAGUUCUAUUCUGGAGGAUCACUUUGUUCAGCUGAUUUGGGUCUUAUGUUGUCUCUUGGUCAUGCCGAUAUUUACUUUCCUGUUACUAAGAGGGCACGCAUUAGUUCCCCGUUUGUCGUUGAAGAGAGGACAAAGAAUUCACCUAUCGAAAAACUUCCCGAUGAAUGCCUAUUUGAGAUCUUCAGGAGAUUGCAAGGAGGCUGUGAAAGGAGUGCAGCAGCUUGUGUUUGUAAGCAUUGGCUUAUGCUCUUGAGUCAUGUGAGGAGCUCUGACAUUUGCCAUACCAAUCUUUCAGCUGCUGAUGGGGCUUCAAAAGAUACGAACAUGGUCUCAGCUGAUGAAGAUCUUGAAGUUGGGUGUAAUGGAUACCUUACUAGGCAUGUAGAAGGGAAGAAAGCUACAGAUAUUAGACUUUCUGCUAUUGCAAUUGGAACUUCCAGCCGUGGGGGUCUUGGAAAGCUCUCAGUUCGGGGGAGCAACUCCGUUCGUGGUGUUACUAAUGUUGGUCUAUCAGCAAUUGCCCAUGGUUGUCCUUCUCUUAGGGUUCUUUCAUUGUGGAAUGUUCCUAAUGUUGGAGAUGAAGGUCUUGUAGAGAUUGCAAGGGGGUGUCAUUCAUUAGAAAAGCUGGAUCUAUGUCACUGUCCCUCAAUUUCCAACAAAGGCCUGGUUGCAAUAGCAGAGAAUUGUCCAAGUUUGACUUCUUUGAUGAUUGAAUCUUGUCGAAAUAUUGGAAAUGAAGGUCUGCAAGCUAUUGGAAGAUGCUGUACCAAAUUACAGUCUCUUACUAUUAAAGACUGCCCUCUUGUAGGGGAUCAGGCAGUUAUUAGCCUUCUGUUGUCAGGUACUACAAUGUUGAAGAAAGUGAAACUUCAUGGUCUAAACAUUACGGAUUUCUCCCUUGCUGUUAUUGGUCACUAUGGCAAGGCGAUUACUGAUCUUAAUCUGAGUUCACUUCGUAACGUAACUCAGAAGGGCUUUUGGGUUAUGGGUAAUACUCAGGGUCUGCAAUCUCUGGCUUCUUUGACAAUCACAUUGUGCAUGGGAGUCACUGAUUUGAGUCUUGAAGCAGUGGGAAAGGGCUGUACAAAUCUUAAACACAUGAACCUUCGCAAGUGUUGUUUUGUUUCUGAUGGUGGACUUGUUGCUUUUGCUAGAGCUGCUGGAUCUCUUGAGAGUCUUUAUUUGGAAGAGUGCAACUGGAUCACCCAAAUGGGCAUCCUAAAUGCAGUUUCAAUCUGCCGAAAAUUGAAGUCUCUUUCCCUGCUGAAGUGUAUGGGAGUCAAGGAUUUACCUCCACAAGCUUCCUCACUUUUUCCCUGUGAAUCUCUUCGAUCGUUGUCCAUCCGAAGCUGUCCAGGAUUCAGUAGCACUAGCUUAGCUAUGGUGGGGAAGCUGUGUCCCCAGCUUCGUCAAUUGAAUCUCAGUGGGCUUACUGGAAUAACAGAUGCUGGUCUUCUCCCACUUUUGGAGAGCUCCAAGGCAGGACUCGUCAUGGUUAAUCUUACCAACUGUCUGAACUUGACCGAUGAAGUGGUGUUGUCCUUAGCUAGGCUACACGGUGAGACCUUGGAAUAUUUAAAUCUUGAUGGAUGCAUGAAGAUUACAGAUGCAAGUUUGGUGGCAAUUGCUGGUAAUUGUCCAUUAGUUGGUGAUCUUGAUGUUUCUAAGUGUUCAAUAACUGAUUCUGGUGUAGCUGCUUUAUCCCGUGGAGUGCAAGUAAAGCUGCAGGUUCUUUCACUAUCAGGUUGCUCCAUGGUAACGAACAAGAGCAUUCCGUUUUUUAAUACGUUGGGUGAGAGCUUAGUUGGUUUGAAUCUCCAGCACUGCGCCAUAAGUAGCAGCAAAGUUGGGCUUCUUGUUGAGGACUUGUGGAGAUGUGAUAUCCUCUCCUAAAAGCCAACAGGGGCACAAGGCUAUGCAUCAUCCAAAGGGAGUUGGACGAAGAGUAGUAGCUAUUCGGUUCAUAAAGCUCGGCAGGAUAGAAGCGAACAUGAUUGUGGUUUUUGGCCCACUAAUGGCCUUGUGAUGCUCCAGUGGCUUGGUUGUUUUCCAGGAAGCUAUGACGGAACUUUUUCCAUCAUUUUUUGCAUGGUUUUAUCUACUUAAGGCCUGUUCCAAAUCAGUCGGUCUCCGGUCUCUCAUGGAGGCUGCCUCUUACAUAGCCAGGGUAUCCUGAGAAUACAGUUAAAUAAGUCUUGGAGUUCAAGUUUUCACUAGUGUUGCUCCUGUUUCUGUCUUUCGCGAACAUUGGGGUGGGGUUAGUGACCCAAUAAUGCUUCUCUUAAACAUGUAUGGAUAUCAUGCAUUUGCCUUGGUAGUACUACUACACUACAGAAUCAGACGAUCAUAGUUUUAGUAUGUAGUUGUCGUGUUAAGAAGAAGAAGUUGUUAUUGUUGUUGUAAUAAGCGUUUUACUUUGUGUCUUAUUCUGUAGUUGAGCUGAACAUUUUCUGUAGCAUGGUGUCUGGUAAUCAGGGGCUUGGUCAUGGCAACUAGUCCAUCUUGGUUGCCAGGGAAAAAACCUAGGUACUUAGGUUGUUUUUCUGGUGUCCCAAGUUCUAGUUUUUGAUAGGAUUGUCAAAAGUCCUACUUUGUACAAGGUUCUUUGUCUUUCAGAUUUGUACUUGGCAGCUACUUUAUUAUCUAAUAAAACUGUGUUAGUUUGUCUAAA